AUGGAUAUGGUGAUGAAGUUGGGAGCAACAAACGCGGUGGUGAUUUUCACCAAGAGUAGUUGUUGUAUUUCUCACAGCAUCGAAACCCUAAUUCGUAGUUUUGGAGCAAACCCUACAAUUUCCGAGCUCGAUACACAUCCAAAUGGGAAGCAAAUGGAGAAGGCAUUGAUUGAAUUAGGGUGUCAGCCAAGUGUUCCAGCAAUAUUUAUAGGGAAAGAGUUAGUUGGUGGUGCUAAUGAGAUAAUGAGCCUUAAUGUGAGGGGUAAGCUUAAACAAUUGCUCAUUAGGGCUUAUGCCAUUUGGGUAUAG